CAUGGCCCUCCGAGGAUCACCCUCCGGGGAGCAGCCGUCUCUCCUCUCUUAGCAACGUCCUCUCCAUCAGAGCCCAGGAGCAAUUUCUCCAUCCGUCCCUGGCUGCUCCCCAGACCUGAGCUGUCUGUAAACGAAGCCGGCCUAAUGAAUUAAUGAAGGGCUCCCAGAAGAGGGAGAAUGAGAGAGAAGCCCUCGGAAAGCUAAAGAGGAGGAGAGCGGCCAUCCGCCCGCUGAUGUGGGCAGGGCGGGGGUGGCCGGCACAGAGCACCGUGGCCAUCCAUCAGCGCACCCUUCCCUGGAUCCAGCUGGCGCAGAGAGAGAGAGAGAGACAGAGGGGCGCACCGGAGAGAGGAGAAGGAAGAUGGCGUGGGACCAAAGCGCUCGCCAUCCUCUGUGCCAGUUCGGGAAUUCGCCUUCCUUGCUCCUGUGUUACUCCAGGACUGCUUUGAGCCAGCUGGUCCAGGCUCCCACCGAACCACCAAAGAAGAAACCGGAUCCGGUCACCUCGGAGACAGUGGUCAUCUGGGGCUUGCGCCUCUGGCAAGUGGUCGGGAUCUUUGCCAUUUUUGUCCUGAGCAUCAUUAUCACCCUCUGUUGCAUCUUCAAAUGCCGCAUCCCGAGGACCAAGAAGGAGAUUGAGGCCCGCUACGCCAAACGCCAAGCGGCCAAGAACUACGCGGACAAGCUGGAGACGGUGCCGCCCCUCAACGAGCUCACGGAGAUCCCGGGAGGCUCCACUGAAAGGCUUCCCACCCUCUCGGGUCAAGUGGAAUCGCAGCCUCCCACCUGCAUCUUACCGGUGGUGAAAGAGGAAGACGAAGUCACUCCGAAGGGCCACUAGGGGGCAGGCUGCGCCUACCCUUCCUGCUUGCGAGGAGAUCUUCCCACUGGGGGACAUCUCUGGAUCUCUCCUGGUUGCCUGAUGGCUUUUCCUGGCUUUUCCUCUCCUUUCGAUGCAGUUUCUCUUCUCUCCUCCCAUCCCCACCCCUCGGUCUUGGUGCUUUUUUCAGUGGCAGUGGUGCUUCCCUUCUCGGGCCCUCGUGGUCGGAAUUCACUUCCAUCACACUUUUGAAGACCACCCUCCAAGCCCCAAGCAAGCUUGGAAGGGUAACCUCGCUUGGCCCUUGGAGACCCUUGCCCUCUGCGUUUCCCCUGGAGGGUGAGGGUCCCAGGGGGAAACCGCUCACAAUCGGUGGCAACUCUUUUCUUAGGUUCAGCUGUAGGGUUUCCACCGGGGGGGGGGGGCUGCAGGCUGGAUAGAUUUCCUGAAAGACAGAAGGGUCAUUUUUAAAGGGAGACGGCGCUCCUGUUAGAAAGCAACCCUUUUGUGGUAUGGUCAGGUACCCCCUUUUUGCAGCCGCCUGAUCUCACCCAGAGUCACAUCUCCUGAUUUGACAUCCCUGGACCUGCGAAAAAGCAUCUUUUUUGGAAUACGCUUCCAAACAUCCCCCUGGAGGCCACGGUAUCUGCUUCGAAACGAGUGUGUUCCCAAGGUUCGGGGAAUUUGAAAAGGCCAGAGCCGUUGCUCCUCUUCCUCCUCCUGCGGAGUUCUACCCUCAGCCCUUCUCUUCGGGCCAGACUUUGGCGCAUCGCUCGGCAGAACGAGCAGGAGCGGGGCCAUAAAACAGCAGGGCUUUGCCGGAGCGCAUUUUGAUGUUCUGCACAUUAAGCGUCCUCCCCCCUAAUGUUGAAAAGCGGCUUAAAGCCCAGAGUCUAAAAUGACCAGACCGCAUUGCUGUGGUCUACUCUUUGUUUUUCCGCAACGCAGAGGGUGAGCCUAUCCGCCUGGUAGACUGCGGUGGUUCUGGUGAGAGCUAGAGCAGUCUACCAGAUCGCCCGCACGGUCCCUAAAUUGUUCCUCCUCUGGGUCCAGCCAGUGUCCCCUUCCUUCUGGAUUCCUGUUUCCCACAUUCAACCUAGAGAAGAUAUCUGUGCAGUUGACCACAGCUUUCUGUUGCUUGAGUAGAUCUACAACGCCCGACCAUGGCCGCUUCCAGCCUGGAUUGCGCAUGCUUUACUAAACCACCACCAAAGAAACCAUGUAGAUGGCAUUGUAUUCUACAAUGUACAACCCCCGUAUCUGUGAGGGAUUGAUUCCAAGUGGUUGCUGAAAAACGUGGAUGAUAGAAAAC